AUGACGAGCGCGGCCAGGCCGCCGGCCCUGAGGACGGAGCCUGGACCUGCAGCGCCCACGCAGGGCAGGGGCAGUGGAUUCCCCCUGCUUGGUCCUCCUCCAGCGGACACGGGACCGCCCCAAGCACGGAAUCGAACAGGUGACUCAGAAUUCUUCCUCCUGGGACUGUCCGAUGACCCAGAGCUGCAGCCUCUUCUGUUUGGGCUGUUCCUGGCCAUGUACCUGGUGACCGUGCUGGGGAACCUGCUCAUCAUCCUGGCCGUCAGCUCUGCCUCCCGCCUCCACACCCCCAUGUACUUCUUCCUCUGCAAUUUGUCCCUGGCUGACAUCAGUUUCAGCACCACCACAGUUCCCAAGAUGCUGGCGAACCUCCAGACAGGCAGCCACUCCAUCACCUACGCAGGCUGCCUCACUCAGGUCUCCUUUUUUUCUCUUUUUGCAAGUUUGGACAGUCUCCUUCUGGCUUUGAUGGCCUAUGACCGGUUGGUGGCCAUUUGUCAGCCUCUGCACUAUGUGGUCGUCCUGACCCCCCGCUUCUGUGGCUUGUGUGUCCUGCUGUCAUUUUUCUCCUGCUUUUUGGAUUCCCAGCUGCACUACUUGAUGGUGUCACAUCUUACCUUCUGUGCAGAUGUAGAAAUUCCUCACUUCUUUUGUGACCCCACUCAACUCCUCAACCUUGCCUGUUCUGACACCUCCACCAACAACAUAUUGAUCUAUUUUAUUGGGGCCAUCUUUGGUGGCGUUCCACUCUCAGGGAUCCUUUUCUCUUACAUGCGAAUUGUUUCCUCCAUUCUGAGAGUCCCGUCGACAGGGGGGAGGUAUAGAGCCUUCUCCACCUGUGGCUCUCACCUGUCAGUUGUUUGCUUAUUUUAUGGAACGGGCCUCGGGGUGUACCUCAGUUCUGCUGUGUCAUCUUCCCCGAGGAAGGGUGCGGUGGCCUCGGUGAUGUACACGGUGGUCACCCCCAUGCUGAACCCCUUCAUCUACAGCCUGAGGAACAGGGACAUCAAGAGUGCCCUCUGGAGGAUCAUCAGAAGAAUGGCCUAA